CGGAGCAUCUCCUGUUCGGGCUCGCUCGACUAGAGCUCUCUUGUUAUUUUUAGACACACACAUGCAUAGUUGAUAUUUUAUUUUAUUUCAUUUAAUUUUACUUUAUGUUGUUUCAUACACCAUGCAGAUCCCAGUGACAAAGUUGCCGACCGCCCUGGACAACCCGUAUGAGUGGAUGCUCAAACAGCUACAUGAUGUGCCAAAUAUCGAUGUUGGCGAUGUGCGCUCCAUUCAAAUACGAUGUGUCAUCCGUGUGCUGGAGGAGACCAUGGAUAAUGUGAAGAGCGCCUUGCUGUUGCCAAAGCUGCUGAGCUUGCCGCAAAAUGCGUUCAAGGUCUUGAUUGGCAGCAAGUACGAACCAGGCAAACGUCUGGUGGACGACUAUAUGCGGCGACGACAAUUAAUUGUCAAGAAGCAGCAAGCCCCGUUGUCUGAUCAGUAUCUGAUCAGAAUUCUUGAUUACUUCCAUCGAAAUCCUGAUGUAUUCAAUAUGUUUCCGGAUGUUACAUUGACGCCCGAAGAUCAUCAGAUGCUAAACAUCUUUGCGCUGCUCUUGCGAAUAUCCAAGAUCCACUUGAACCGCAGCUCAAAGACUGAGAUAAACCAGGAGCGCUUACUGCAGAAGGUCUACCAGAAAAACGAAAAGCUCAAAGACACCAUCAUACAACUGCAGGCCACGCUCGAGUCACAGAAAAGUCAGAUGGAAAGCAAAUUGACAACAAAAGAAGUUUAUCUGCAAAAAUGCGAGCAGGCGUUGGAGCUUCAGCAAAAGGAACACCUGAGGCGCAUAGAAAGUGAGAGUGAAAAAUGCAAAUGUCUUAUACAAGAAAAUCAAAAAACCAUUGCGGCAAAGCAAAACCUGCUCGAGGCUGAGCUGAAAACUUUAAGCGAGACUUACAACACACAAACCAAAACAAAUGGAGUUGAAUGUAAGCGUGUGUAUGCGGAAAAAGUCAAGGAGCAGAUGCAGGCUGAAGCCGCUAUCAAGAAAUAUGAACAUACAAUUGGCAGUAAAAUGCUUGAAUGCUUGGAUAUCGAGGAUCUUUUUAGUGUGGAACAGGACAAAUUGGACCAAUUGAUGUUGAUCCAUAGCGAGGUGGAACGUGAGUACAAUAAAAUUGUUGUAAGUCGUGAAACGCUGCAGGAGCAGAACAAGAAAAAGGUGAUUCAUUUGUAUAUGAUGAAUCGAGCGGCACGCAAGAUACAAGAUUAUUGGCGACGCUAUCGCAAAGCUCUGAUCAUGAAAAGACGAAAGUCUAAAAGGAAAUCCAAAAAAUGGGCUUAGCUAUAUUAUUUAGAAGAACGAAGAGCUUAAGAAGAUUUUUUCAACUGGAUUGAAAUAAUGGUCUUCAGCUCUUUGGGAAUUCCAAUGUAUAACUAAAAGUCUAUGAAUAUUAAUACGAUCCUAUUUAUAGACACUAUUUGUGACUUGAUUUUCGGAGCACUUAUUCCAUGCAUUUAUGUAUAGAAAGAGGAAAAAAUUUAAUUAAUGCAGGCGUCGAACAAAUAAGAUGGAGAUGUGGCUCGAAUGGCGCUGGCAAAAAUUCAUUGAAAUUACCGAGCGUGAAAUGAGCAGCUGUCACUGGAGCACAAAGGACAUUGAGCAGACAGACCAGGACACGCAAGCAUACACAGACAAACACAUACACACAUAUA